CAAGCAUCUUCCUUCAUCCCUGGAACACUCUAUUUGUCUAGACUUUUUUGGUUGCAGCCAGACAUUUGGACACGCCUAUUAGACAGCUAAGCCCUACUAUCGAAAGAAGGGACGCGACCGUCGCUGCUUUUGUCCCAUCGUCAACCUCAGUUCCCCGCCCCGCAACCCACCAAUCUCUCAAACCAUGAGCUCUCAUGUCGUGGUCCUGGACUCAACAGCUCGGAGAGCUACGGUCAAGACUACUCCUGGAAAGCAUUUGACCGAUAUAUUACAGGAAGCCUGCAAGAAGCUAGGUGUCGAGGCCAGUCAGCAUGGACUAAAAUACAAAGGUAAAGAACUCGAUCUCUCACUGGUGUUUCGCCUCUCGGGACUCACACCCGGCGCAAAGCUGGAGUUGGUUCAACUCUCCCGAUCGCCCUCCGUCGUCACCGUCGCUUUACAACUGCCCGAAUCGGAAGCACGAGGAGCACCCUCCUCCAGACGUCUUUUGGAUAAAUUCCCCAGUACGACAACGAUAUGGCUGAUCCUGCGCAAAUUCGAGGCUGGAGUUGCGGGAGGUGCCUCGACUCGGAAUCUGACGGGACGUGGUGUCCCCAGUGGCAAUGAGGGAGCAGGAAGACUGUACUAUGAGACCCCGGUAGUUCAGAUUAUGGAGCGGGAGCUCUCCUCGUUCACAGAUCUACAGAAAUCUUUGGCGCAGCUGGGAUUCAACAGCGGAAAUGUACUGCUGAGGUUGAGUUUCCGGCGCACGGAGGAACCCUUGGAGGAGGCGAUGGUCAAGAUCCAAGACUACUUCAAACCCUUCGACGACGCGACCCCCAAGACCGAAGCAUCGCCCGCACCUACCGAGCAACCAUCCCAGGCUGAGUCGUCCAAUGAAGCAGAAGAGUCACAACAACAGCCAGCCUCCACGGAUGAGUCCCCUUGGACUUCGGAACAAGCCACUCCAGCCGUUCCUACUGCACCCGCCGCCGAACCUACGGAGGUACCAGCCGGUUUCUCUCGACCCGUAACGGUGUUCUCUCCUCCGUCCAAUGCCACCCCUCAGUCCGCACAAACCACAUACAACGAAACCGACUAUGUCCCAUCCAUCGAACACGCGAAAGCGCAUCAGCGACGGCUGAACGCAACCUCCCGCCCUCAACGGCUUCCCACGGACGCCGAAAUCGCCGCCAAAGCCGCCGCAGAGGAGGAACGACUCGCCGCGGUCAAGGAAGUGGAUGUGAAGGUCCGUCUACCAGACCAGAGCCAAGUGGUGGCAAAGUUCGGACAAGAAGACACGGGUAAAUCGCUCUACGACUUCGUCCGAAACUGUCUUGCGGCGCCGUUUGCCAACGAGAAAUUCAUCAUCACAUCCUCCCUCUCCGGAGCCGCAGGGACGAGCGGACCCGGGAGGAACAUCCAAAACAUCGUCCCCGACUCCGACCAACAUCUCUUAAUCAAGGAUCUAGCCAUGAUCGGCCGUGUGCUGGUCAACUUCACCUGGGAUCCGACUGCAUCACCGACUGCCCGCCAGAGCCGCGAGCUAUUGAAACCUGCCCUGCAGACGCGCGCCCAGGAACUCAAAGUCGAACAGCCCCCGGAUGUGAUGGACACGAGCGAGGACGUGAGCAUACCGAAGCCGACCAGCACUGGGGACGGGGCCCGCGGAGAGAAGCGGAAACCGGGCGGAAUGCCUAAAUGGUUGAAACUGCCCGGCAAGAAAUAAUCUAAGAUAGAUAGGCCAUGUACCUACACGAUUGAUAUGAAUCCAUCUACAUGAGUACUC